AUGACGACUGAAGAGGAAUUUGAUGAAAAUGAUCUCCUUCUCGGAGGAGAAGCAACAACAGUUUCAGUUGAAGAAUUUAGAGCAAUGAAGAAAAUGAUGAAGGAGUAUACGGAGAGAAUUAAGGUUCUGGAAGAUGUUUCAACACACUUUGCAAAUGAAUUUAAAAUUAUGAAAAAGUUGAUCACAGCUCAUGUCCAUGAAGUGAACAAUAAUAUAGAAAACAAAUUUAAGGAGAUGAACAAGAUUGUUGAUUCAAAAUUGGAAAAGAUAGAAGGAAGAUUGGAUAUGGCCUUUCAAAAAUUGGAAUCCACCUCUGAAGAAUUGAACAAAUCACAACAUAGAAAGAGUAACAACUCUUCAUUCCAAACCCCUAGAAAGAACGAUUCUCUGUUGCAAAUGUUCUCCCCGAUUGAAAGGAGUACAGGCAAGAAGGUUACUAGUGUUAAAAAACCAACUAUUAUAGAAGAGGAAGCACCAUUGGAGGAAGUCGAUUAUACAGAAGAAAUGAUAGAGGGUGUCUUGUCGUCGGAAGUUUUCGAGCCUCAACAAGAAACUCUGCAAAAGAUAUUCAAGCAUUGCGUUCUGAGAUUGAAAGAUUUGAAUAAGGGAGAUAUUAGAAAAACAAUGGCAAAAACGCAUUUUGUGCAAUUCUUUACAGAAGGAAAGAUUGCCAUCUUUUUGGAUGAAAAGAGUUGUAACACCGAUGUUGUUUGGAUUGGAAUUAUGAAAAAGUUCAAAAAGUUUGGAAUUAUCAAGACUCAAGAAGAGUUAUCGUAUGACAACUUUGAGAAGGCAAUCAUAGUAAUGGCUCAAAGCCUCAAAGAUUCUUCAUCAAUGACACCAACACAACGAACUGAAAUGUUUCUUGUUUCUUUCAUUCCUAAUUUCUAUGAUGUAAUACAAAUGAAGGAAGUCUACAACUCAACUAAUGAGGAACUUUUGAAUCAGACCAGAGACAUGGAUAAUUCCCAUUACUUUUUAACAAACAAUGAAUGCUUUGAUAUUCUAAAGAAAAACAGAAAACAAUUGAAGCAAAUAUGGUCUAUCCAUAGUAUCAAUAAGAAACCAAGAGCUGGUUUACAACCAACACUGAUUGGAGUCAACAUUAAGGAUCUAUUCGAUAUCUGUCAACAAUAUGGUUUGAAAUCAUUGAUUACCAAAACUGAUUUGAUAACAAUAUUCGAACAAAGAAUGGAUCUCAAAAAGAAUUCAUUGUUUGAAAACAGACUUUCAUACAAUGCUUUCGAACUUGUACUAAUUGACAUUUCCAAUCAUAUCUAUGGUGGUAAACCAUUUUGUAAUACAUACACUACUAUUGAAUCAAGAGUAGAAAAACUAAUUAGCAAACUAAUACUGGCAUACGAAGAGGAUAAAUCAGUUCAAGCUGUCAAAAUAUUGAACGCUGUAACUUAUGGACCGGGAAUCUAG